AGGGAGGCUUCCCUCGUUUCCCUCUCCUUGACCGGAAGUGUACCUGCGCUCAUGGUCUGGGCCUGGUUCCGUUUCUCUGAGGGCGGCGGCGGCGUUUCCGCUCUCGCUGUUGGCCGCGGAAACGGGAGAAGCGGAGCGUCUGGACUUUUAUGUGGAUGGCAGUUCCUGAAGGAUGAACGCCAAGUAUGCUGUCCUUGCAAUGCUGUAUUUUGUCCAAGGCAUCCCGUAUGGGCUCCAGUCUGGGCUGCUGCCUAUCUACUUCCGCACGCUGGGCCUCUCCUUUACCAAGAUCAGCCUGUCUAAGGUGGUUUAUUUGCCCUGGAUUCUCAAGAUGCUCUGGGCACCCCUGGUGGACCAUUACUUAACCAAGAGGACGUGGCUGCUGCUCACCCUGUAUGGCUUCGUGCUGGCCUGCCUGGCCUGCUCCCUCAUGGCCCCCGAGACAAACUUCUUCCUGGUGGCCAUCGUCCUCCUUCUCAUGAACUUCUGCGCCUCCAUCCAGGACGUUGCGGUGGACGCGAUUGCCAUCCAGCUGCUGACGCAACAUGAGAUUGGGUACGGCAACACCAUCCAGGUCGUGGCCUACAAGCUGGGCUCCGUCUUGGCAGGAGGGGGCCUGCUCACUUUCCUCCAUCACCUGGGCUGGCAGACCCUCUUUGUGGGCCUGGCCCUUCUUUAUGUUGUGGCCAUUGGUGUCACCUGGAAUGCUAACCUAAAACUGAAAGUGAGGUUCGAUCCUCAAUACAGUUGGGUCAGGUUCAGAACCUUAAAUCCCUGCCUCAUGCUCCAAGAGCUUCUCAAGGUGCCGGACACUCUUUGGACUGUUGGUUUGGUGCUGCUCUAUAAGUUGGGUGAACAAGGGGCCGUAUCCAUGUUUCCCCUCUUCCUACUGGACCAUUCCUUUUCCCCACAGGAGCUUGGCUUCUGGAAUGGGAUUGUGGCCAUGAUCUUCUCCAUUGUAGGCUCCUCACUUGGAGGCUAUCUGAUGUCAAAACAGGGGAACCCCUUUUCUAUGCUGAAGACCUUGAUGGUAUUCCGCUUGUUCAGCCUGGUCUUCCAAACACUCCUGCUGGUUGCCUAUGAGGACAAAAAACCAGUCUUUGAAGUGGCAGCUGUGCUGAGCAUCUUCCUACAGCACUUCAUCGCUGGCCUGGUAACCACCUUAACGUUCAGCAUAAUGAUGCAAUGUGCACAAAAGGCCCAGGAGAACAUACAGGCCACUCACUACUCCCUGCUGGCCACGCUGGAAGUGCUGGGCAAACUGGUGUUCAGCAGCCUGGCAGGCAUCGUGGUGGACUGGCUGGGCUUCGUCGGAGCCUUUAGCGUUUUCCUCGCCCUCUCCAGCAUUUCUGUUGCCUACAUACUGUCUUCCAGAAGGUGAUGGCUGCUGCCACCAGGAGGAGGAAGAGGAGAACCUGACAGGAAGCAGGGUCCCUGUGGGCCAGAGGUGGCCAAGGGGAAUUUCCAGGUCUCCGCAGCCCCGUAAGCCCCAAUUCCUCAGGGAUCUCACAGCCUUUUGUGAGGGGGAAGAGCUGGCAAGGGCCUCCCUGAAAGUAAUUGUCUCAGGAACACUCCUUCUAUUUGCCAGGGAACGUCCACGGUGUGUUUAGACUGAAUUCCAAGGUCAGUUAAUGCCUCAGUGUUUAUUGCCAGUGACUGAGAAGUAAAGGAGGGCAGGAUCGCUGUCUGUGGCAGGGUGUGAGAGCAAAUAAAUAAACUUUUUUAAAAUAAAAAAAAACACACACAGUUGGAUUUACUUCUGAGGAAAUGCUCAUCGGGUUGGGCUGCGAGGUAAGUUGGCUUCUUGAACCCAGCUCUGCUUGGGUCCUGGAGCAGCGAGCCCCAGUGAGUCCUGGAGAAUGCCAAGGGACAUCAUGAGAUCAGGAUCAGGCCCAAAUCCUACCCAGUCCAGCAUCCAGAUGCCUCAACGGGAGACCCAGAAGCUGGACCUCUGAGUGGCACAGCAUCUCUCCCCACCUGUUAAUCACCUGAUGGUCACCAACAGCGCCAGGUGACUCAAAUGCCAGAGGAAAGACUCGGGAGUGCUCUCCAAAAGUACACUUCCAGUUCUUCAUUUGCAGGUGUGGCUUGAGUUCAGGUUGCACCUGCAAAGGAAUAUAUCUUUUUCCCUUUGCAUUUCUGUCUUGAAUUCAAGCCACAGCUGCAAAGGAGGAUUCAGGAAGACUUUAAAGUCUGCUUCCGACUCUUCUUCCACUUAGCCAUGGCUUGGAAGUUUACCAUAACUGCCAUACAGGAUGUCAAGUCAGAAAGGUGUGUAUAACACAAUAAUUCGUAACAGAAUUACAGAUAAGAGUUUUAAGGGGUCUGUGCGCACAGAAAAGCUCAAGAUACACGUUGAUCUACCCACACUUAGUUGUUAUCUCUGAGAAACAUAGAAAAUAACAGGAUAUAUUUAUUUUUCUUGGGUCAAAAGAGAGUAUACCCCUGUUGUAAACAAA